CAUUUCAUUCUUCUUAUUAUUAAUUAUGUCUUAUUUUAUUAACAUGUUAUUGUUUUAUCAUCAUUUAAUUUUUGAUCUUUACAACUUAUUAAUCCUUUAACCUUCUGUCAAUCGCUUGUCAAGCACUUUGAAUGACAAGUGAUUUGUUUGAUAUAUAAUUCAGUUUGAUUGAACAGAAAAAAAUAACCAAUGACCAAUGCCGACGUUUUUACUGAGGGGGUACAGCUUCAAAUGUUUUGCCGAGAAUUUAAUUUUGCACUGUUGAGUACAAACUGCCUCUGGUGAGGUGCUGCCGUAGGAGCUACUUGUAGAAGCUAACACACCUCCCAUUCAAGGUGCCAUUCAUGUAAGACCUCACAAACAGCCACCUGCUGCGAUGCUGUGGCUGUAGUGUUUGCUACAACUCAAGAAAAAUAUGUGUUUAAAAUUUUGCUUUUACAAGAGUUAUUACAUUUCAUGAGGCAUUAUAAAUCCGCACAGUGAUGUACUUAUGGAUCUGAAGCUCCCUCUCCUUCUCUGAAACUGCAGCCAUGUUCAUACUGUGUGCAUAGAGCACAGUGGGUGGAGCCAUCAAAGAAUAACACUGGCAUAGAAUAUCUCCACAGUCACUGAGUAAACAGAGGGUCGACCAGCUUCCAUUGAAACCAGUAUCACAUCAUUAAAUCACAUCAUUUAAUUGUGUUUGGACGGCUUUUUUGUAACGUUGGCACCGUGCUCGGUGGCCGCCUGCUGCAGCAGCUCCCGUUGUGUUUUCUUGUAAUUGCAUCUUUUUGUCACUUUAUUCUUUUGUCUAUGUGUGUCUUUCUUGGUCAUUGUCCUAAAGACUUAGUGGCUAAAUGCUGUUUUUAAACUUUUUUAUAGGCUUGUUCUUUGUUCUGUUAUAUUUAGUACUUUACUGUGUAAUCUAGUACUUUAUUAUUUAUCAUUUACUUUAGGAGUAUGUACAGUUUUAGUACAUGUUAUAUUUAUUACAUUCUAUUUUGAGCUCUUUUAAUUCUUCGUAUCUGCUUUAUUGCUACUUUGCUCAUCCAUCCAUCCAUCUUUCUAUCUAUCUUUUUACCCAUCUCUCCAUCUCGAUCUAAAUGUGUUUCCUAGCCCCCUACCCAAGACUUCACUAUCACAUCUGAAUGUCUAAACCUAACUUUAACUAACCUUACCUCAAACUGACCAUGAGUCUUAACCUCUUUACAGCCAUUUAAACUUCCUGGGGUCCAUCACUUUGAUCACCACAGACCUGUCGCACCCCACAAGUGAAGUCUCACUCCCAAGGUGUCUCAUAUGGACGCUUGGUCACGACCCCUUGGCAUCAUUUAGAUUUCCAAUGCUCUCUGCUGCAUUGAAAGAUGACACAUGAGUGGAGCACAUAAAUGGGACAUUAUAUUUUUGACGUCAUUGUGAUUUCCUUUUGGUUUUUUCAGUCAUUUCUGACCAAGAGUAGUGAGAAGUGGACUGCAGAUGUAAACUAGCUUUAAGCUAACUCUGGUACAAUGCAUCAAAUGGCAACAUUUAUGUUUAAUAUUGUACAUGGUCCCUUUACAAAUUACAAGAAAUAACCAAGACUCUAAUCUUGUCUUUACCAAUGGGCUUUUGUUUCCUAAACCUAAUAACACACAGAGCUCUGGAUAUAAACCCAGGUUACUGGUGUGACUGUUGUGUGCAACGAUGACGUAAAUCUCCGAGCCGGCCAACUCCUUUCAAAAGAGCUUUCAGACUAAAAUGAUGUUUUAAGCUUGCUCCGCUGGUACUACACCGCUAAACAAAGACCGUCUUUACCCCCCACAGUUACAAUCCUAAACCCAGGAGGCUUAAUGGGCUUGCACUACCUGAAUGCUUUAUACACUGCAUGUUUGAGUAGAAAUGUUUGAUAGAACACCAGUGCCCUCUGUCAGCCUCAGCCAGGAUUUCACAUAUUUCAUGUUUUUCUCCUGCAGGUUAAUUAUGCUUAUGAGGACGUUGCAUUUUUUUCUGAGUCUAUUGCAGUGUUGCUUUCUCUCAUGACAACAGCACUGUGGUUAACAUUGAAACAUAUUUUCGAUUGUGAAUAUUCCAUAAAAUCAUAUAUUGACAAAUACUGUUUGAUUUUUGAGUUUGGUCUAAACAAGUAUUUCACAGCCCUGUCUCAACUUGAAAUGAAAACAAAUCUGUGAUUAUAAGACAGUGUUUCUCAGUCAACAGUUCUUCUCUUAACCUUUGGUUGAGCAUCAUUUGAAACCACAUUUAACUUAAAACCGUCUCAGCUUUAACGACACUGUAAAUAUUUUUGUUUUUUGUUUAAACCGAACCAACUCAUGCUCUUAAUUUUACAUUUAACAAAAGAAAAUCAGGAUUGUGUAAAUUAAGCUAGAUACAAAUGUUUCUGGGAGGUGCAUUUUCAGUUGUAGGUGUAAGGACACGACAAGUUACCACAUGUUCGUGAUAAAUAAGCCUGUGGGUGUGCAGGCAUUGUGAGGUGAAAAGGUCUUGAGGCACCUUCUAGUCUUUGUUCUUGUGUGUGAAACUGAAAAUGGAUUGUGGGAAAAGAACUUUGUGUAGUCUGUGUUUGCCUGUUUUCUUCUCCACUAUAUGAAACAGUGACAUCUUGAGCUAUGAGCCGUUGCACAUAUACUCAUUCCCAUGUUCACACAUUUGACUGAUGCAAGUUUGUAUCACUGGUGCAAAUGUCAUCUCUGAUCUGCAACCUACUGAACUAAGUACUGUACUUCUUUUUUAUGGUCUGCAAUUGUUUGUGUUUUGUAUCAAACUGGAGUCAAUGAAUUGACAGAAAACGAAAUAAGCCUGAAACAAAAUCUUAUAAUCUUGUAGUUUGUCUGUGGAGAGAAAUUUAGAUUUUUCCCCUAGAACAUUUUUAUGUGACUUUUAAGACAGAUGAUUGAUGGCUACAUUUCAGGUCAAGUCACACAUGUAUUUCACUAUUCUUGUAUACUAUGAAAUGCCUGUCAUGGGAUUUCCUCGUGAUUAGUGUUUGUUUUUUUCCGCUUCAUCACACGGUAAAGCUGUUGAACCAGUUUUCUCACAUGUGAAUGUCAUUUGGUUUCAUGGGACUAAACAGGUGAGACAUCAACUUUCUAUUCCUAAAUGUUAGUAUUGUAAUGAAAGAUAGAUGGAUAUUUGGACAGAUUGAUAGAUGGUAAGAUAAAAUAAUAAAUUGAUUGAUGCAUUUUUAAAACUUUCAAUUCAGCUGGUUUUUGUUCAUUAGAAAAUUGUUUCAUUUCCCCUCCCUAAGUAUUGAUUAAAAGUAUUUUUCAUAGAACCAUAUUUUAUAAAUAAUGCUAUGGUUAAAAAAAGGUCUUUCUUAUUGUUAAUAGUGGUGUGUGUGUGGGGGUGGGGGGCAGGUAUGAGAAGAAAAUAGCUAAAGGAAGAAGAUACUGAAGAACUUUCAGUGUUUGCUGUAGUUAAAAAAUCCAGACAGACUCUUUUAUAUUUUCGUAUUUCUCAUAAUGUCUUUGGUUUGGAGGAGGUCUGAGAAAUGACACAUCUGGCGACACUGCACUGUUACCAGAUGUGUUUGAAUUGACUCUGUCAGCACACAGACACCAGGGGGCACCAUUCAGCAGCUGAUCUGUGUCUUUUGGUUGAGGAUACAGAGAUAUUUGGAAAAGAUAUAGAAACAUAUCUUUGACUUGUCAGUGGCUCUUUAGUCUCAGUAUAUCAGAUUACCCACCACCACCAGAAGAGACUGCACAUUUACAUGGCCCCAGGAGUCUUUACGGAGGGAGCUAAAGGAGAAGUGAUCUACAGCAAUGUGCAGCAUGACAUGACAUCACACCACACUGGAAACUAAACACGACAUGUGAAUGGAAAUGAGAUGUUUGAGGGCCCUGAGGACCAACACAAUCUGGAGCUCUUGGACCCAGUGCGUCACAGGAAAUACCAGUGUGAUAUCACUGGACGGAAUAGGUCAUUUUGACUUUUUCGUUUCUUGAAAGGGAGGUGGAGACAACUCAACCAGCCCCUCCCUCCCUUGGUCCUGGACUGAAAUCACCGACUCUCUUCGCACAGGGGAGACACUUGAAGGACUCCCUAAGCACUUGAGAUGGAGGCUCCCGAUGGCCACUGUGCAAGUAACGGCCAAUGCUCUCCUGGUAAGGAAAACGCAAGAGUUUUAGUGGACAUGUCAACACCUAAUGGAGAGACAGAUCAUCAGGGUCCCAAUUCCCCCUCUGAACUGAAUAUUAAGCAAGAGGAAGACACAGCGGAGGAAACUGACGACAGAAGCCCAGCACUUGAAGAAAUAAGCCAAACAGGGGAUGAAGUAGUCGUAUUGGAGGAAUCCAUGGCCGGCAGUCCGAGCAACGCCCAGGAUGGAUUAUCUGAGCUGAACACGACGGCUGAUUCAGGAAGUCGGCAACCAAAUGGUGAGAGGCCAUUCCAGUGCAAACAGUGUGGUGUCUCGUUCACUCAGAAGGGAAACCUGCUGCGACACAUCAAGCUGCACACGGGCGAAAAACCGUUCAAAUGCCCCUUCUGCAGCUACGCCUGCCGGCGGCGCGAUGCCCUCACUGGUCAUUUGCGAACUCACGCUGUUGGCAAACCGCACAAGUGUAACUACUGUGGGAGGAGCUACAAGCAGCGCACGUCUUUGGAGGAGCAUAAAGAGAGAUGCCACAGUUACCUGCAAGGUAUCGGCCUGGAUCCCACUGCCCACACCGGCCCUUACACAGGUGAAGGUCCUAAAGAGCCGAGGGCCAUGGCAGAGGCGAACGCCAUGGCAACGUUCGAUAGGCCGCCCGUUAUUGAGAGGCUGCAUAGCAACGUGGGCAAGAGGAAGAGCACCACGCCUCAGAAGUUUGUAGGUGAAAAGAUGGUUCGCUACAGCUACCCUGAUAUAGGCUAUGAGAUGGGCAUUAAGUAUGAAAAGCAGGCUGAGCUGAUACCUGCCCACAUGAUGGACCAGGCCAUCAGCAAUGCUAUCACAUACCUAGGAUCGGACAGCCUUCGGCCCAUGCUCCACCAUACAGGGCCACCUCUCUCUAUGGCCGACGUGGUGCCCAUGGUCAACCCCCUCUACCACCAUGUCCUGCCAAUGGGCCAGCGAACAGAGCAUCCGGGAAACUGUGAUUCGAUGCCACCACAUCGGCCUCAGUCCCAUAACUUCCCCGGCCACCCCACCUCAAAUGGCCCCACUGCUCUAACCAGGCAGGACAAGCCACCCCGGUCAGGGCACGAGGAAUCACCCAGCAACAGCGGAGCGGACUCUGCUGACUCGGCUCGGAGCAGCCCUCAGGAGAGGCAGGCCUACCAUGGGGUCAACCCCCCUCCUGGCCUCAGGUCUCGGGUGAGUCCAGCGGUGAUAUGCUCAGGUGAGCGGAUGACGGAACCAUCACAGAGAGGGGGGAUGGGGACUGGGCUGAUGCGAGUGGCCGCAGAGAGGCCCGUGAGCCAGAGAGGGGUGCGGGUGUUUGCACGAGAGGGGCAGGAGUUGCGGGCCUUCCAGUGCAGGCACUGCCAGGUGCUGUUCCUGGACCAUGUUAUGUACACCAUCCACAUGGGUUGCCACGGUUACAGAGAUCCACUGGAGUGCAACAUCUGUGGUCACCGCAGCAAAGAUCGCUACGAGUUCUCCUCUCACAUCGUCCGUGGUGAACACACCUUCCAGUGAAAGGAUGCGUGGGAAUUAAGAGGACGACAAAGAAGGGAAAGGAGCAAUAGCCUGAUAUCCAUCCUUCUCCCCCGACCUCUGAGACUGCACAGCUGAAGAGCACUGUAUACAAGUGUAGCACAAUCAAAGACUUCUUUUUAAGCUACUUAUUGUGAAUCAAUCAUAUGAAGGUAUGGGCCAAAGACACAUUUUCUACAUAUUUAAUUAAUAAUUAAAUAUAGAAGAAGGAAGGUAAGUUCGUGUAUUUUGUAUAAAGCAGCUGUCAAGAUGACUUUGACUAUUUUUUCUCUUUGGAAAUGUCUCCUUUUCUCCUUGUUCCUUCAACACCUUGUGGGCUUCAUGUGGUGGACGAGAUUAAAGUUGUUUUGUUCAGCACCAGUGACAUGAGUCAAGUAUAACAAUACUUCUAGUCUUAAUUCUAAAAAUAAAUGAAUACAAUAAAUAAUAAUAAUAAUAAUAAUAACAAAGGUAGUUAUUAAUAAUACUAUUAUUAUAUUGAAUUGGGCAACUUUUUGUGGCGUAUUUUACAGCCUCUGUGUAGUUUUCUUUUUUGUCCAUGACAUCGCUUUGGCCAGUAAUGUUUUCUCUUUAAACAACAAUGUGAUGGUAUGGAUAACUGGUGCUGUGUUGGGCGACCAAUUGAAAGGAAUCGUUCAGAGAAGUCUGAGGCUUCAGGUGAAAUCUAGGAAAAGUGUUGGUACAAGUAGCAAAUGAGUAAACACACACAAAAAACAGUUUUACAUCAACAAUCUACAAUUUGUAUAUACAUAUAUUUGCCUAUUGCUAAAUGUUAUCAGUGCAUAUUUGAUCUAAUUGUGAAUUUGAAGCUGAAGUCAAGAAAGCCACAACUACCUCUCAGCAACCACUUUGAGAUGAGCAGAUGAUGUGAGAGCCUUCAUUGAUACAUUUUUACAUCUCGACUUACGUACUUUUUUGUACAUUAGGGCUUUUUUUCAAUCACAAAUCAAGCAAAAAUAAAACAUUUCAAUUUUCACUGGCUGGUACAAACCUUUUGGUGCCACUAAUAUCAACCUUGACUUUAGACAAGAGGCUUUUUCUCGUGGAAAUUAUUUAGAUUUUGUGUGUUGUGUUGAAUGUAGUCAAAUACAAUAGACAAUUUUCUAAAUAAAUCCAAGAUUUAAAAGAAAUUCAUUAAAUAUUUCAAUAAUCCCACAAAGUUACAGAAUUUAAAUUGUCAUAUAUUUGUAAAUCAAAUCUUUUUUACCUAAUAGACUAACUUCUAUUACGACUUAUUUCUCUCCACCGUCAUCAUCCUCUAUUCAGUUUGCACUUAAAAGGUUGAAUUGUUGAUGAAGAAGCAAAAUCCCAUUGAAAGGAUAGAACACACAGUGUAGCCUCAUGGUUAUUUACCUUGAAUCAUGAUUACUUGUGGGCUGUGUUGCUUGCAGUGUUCGGAACCAGCUCAGUCGUGUAACUUUGAGUAUCCCAGUUCGUUUGAAACUGGCAGCCGGGGGGGGGGUGUUAAAUAACUGUUUUCUUUUGAUAACUUUAUGAUGGUUUCUGGGAAUGGAAACCCCUUAAAGGUACCUCACUUUAUGCCAUAGGUCUGACUCUUUAAUGUUGUUUUAAGUUGAACUGGUUUGUGUGAGUGUUGUGGCUCUUUUUUCAGGGUAUUGGGUAUAGAAACGGGUUCGGUCGGCCUUCUUGUUGUCAUUUUCUACUUCGUUAAAUACCUGCUUAUAUGUGUGGUUUGAAUGCCGUCUCUCAUCCUAUUUGUACCUCACGACAAACACAGCAAAACAUCACAGAGCAGCUUUGUCCUUGGCACCUUCAAAUGUUGCCUUGCACAGCUCGAAAUGAGGCUGAACGCUUAUAAUGUAGUAGGAAGUGAGAGAAUUCUUCGUGUGUAUUUGCAUGAUGCCGGUUUUAAUAUCAACAUGAUCUUGUUUGGCUGCUCAUUCUCCGCUCGUCACAGAACACUUGAACCUUUCCUCACCCUUUGAAUCUUGCUCUUUUCGCAAUGCUGCCACAUUAAUGUACGACCUUUAACAGGCGGCACGAUCGAGAGGAAUCGUGAGUUACCGCAUAGUUCUAUUCUAAAGGCACUUCCAAAAAACUGGUAGCAUUCCUAGUCACCUCUGUGAACCUGCUCCAACAUUAAAAGCUCGUGCAUGUAACACGGAAAUGACGAGUGGGGGAUUUUCACAUUGUCCAAUCGUUCUGCAGUAUGUUGAAGUAUUCAGAUUUUGACCACAGGGUCAGUUGCAGCUCCUCCAGAGUUACCAGCUCUGCUAUUGAGAGGACUCGGACAGUGGACUAUGCACUCUAUGUUACAUUGAAGUGUAGGUUGAGUGGAGAACCAUCCGUGACAGAACACACAGCUCCUUUUUUUUUUUAAAAGAACAAUAUUGAGGUUGCACAUUGGGAAAUAAGACACCACACAGGCUUUGCUCCGCUGUCUGCUGCACACGUUCUCUUUGAUCGUCACGUCGGGUCCCCAUCGAGGUUUGACAUUAUUCAUUUGACACUGGUCGCUUCUUAAACAUAACAAACACUUGUUGACUCUCUAGCGUUAAACUCAGCGAUCCACUUGUCGAUGUUCGAUAUCUACUUUUGAUCAGAAGGCAGCUUUUUCUCUGUUUACAUUUUUGCUUAUCCUUUGCGUGAAUGGUGCCCAGCUGGCAUAAAAUACGUGCUGCCUGUAUCGGCACUGGAAAUUGUUUACAACUCGCAGCUGUAAUAUUGACUCUAUACAUUUGUCUACUAUAUUAAUAAUGUAUGAAUCAAUCAAACAAAAGAUAUAUAUAUAAUCACAUGAAAGCCCUAUCCGUUCAGACAGGGGUCCUCCCAAAAGAACAUAUCUUUUGAAUUAUCCCAAGGUAAAACCAAGGGAUUCAAAUUUUUCUAUUUAUAAUUAUUUACUCAGUGAGCCCUCAUGUCCUAUGAAUGUGGGCGUUGUCACCCUAAUUUGUCAUUUAAUUUGUACAUAAAUAUGUUCCCCAUGUUAAUGUUGUUAUCAGACAUCCUUUGCAGCCAUAUGAACAAAAACAAUUAAAAAAAAAAAAGAAGGUCUUCUGUCAGCUCUCCUUGUCGGUGAGGAGUUUACUUGAAAAUCGAAAUCAUUGGUGUUGCUUCACACGGCGGGGGGAUGUUUUCCUUUUUGUACAUUUUGAAAGUGAAUGUGCUAAAUGUCUAUUUUUCUGCUGAAAUGUUCAUACAAAUAGUGAACUUUGUGUGUUUUUUUAAGUUGAAAAAUGUUUACAAAAAUGUAAAAGGCAGGGUUCAGGUAUAUUGUAUUUUUUAAGAAAUAAUAUAUGACCGGUGUAUAUUUUGACUUUAUCAAAAGAUGCGUGCCGAUUGAUCAUCUCUGAUGUUGACGACAAUUUUCUGAUGUGAGGGCUCUCAGGUAUUUGCAUAGGUUGUGAAUUUUCAUGUCCUACAAUAUGUGAUUUAUUUAUCAAAAAAAAAGAUGCACAUGAAUUAAAAUUCUUUGAUCAUUUCUCUUGACUUAAAUCAGUCCAGUACUGAAUGUGGUGAAGGACGUUGGAGGAUUGUUCAGCCCCUGUUUUUUUUUUUAUUUUCAUCAUCAGUAACAGUACAUGAAGACACACUGCAGUGAAGAAUACAAUGUAUAUUUUGGAGGCAUGGGUUUCUCUCUAUUAAAGACAUGAUUUUACUUCUUUUCCUGUUUUGUGAAUUUUGAAACAGGAAGUGAGACAUAUUGUUGUAUAGUUUUCUUCAAAACAUGCAAACUGUAUCUUACUUGCAAUUAAAAGAUUUUAUUGUGAAAAAAAA